AUGCAAGAUGGAUGAACCUCAGGCUCAACAGCACUAACCCUCACAAUUUUUCUCUCUUUUCUCUCGCCCCCUCUCUCCCUGCCUUCAGAACCCCUAACCCCCCUUCCCCCUUUCCUGUCUCACCUCACCUCCCCCUCCCAGCUCUGGCUGCAGACGGAGGGAGAUAUGCAGUCCUUCCGUGAGCGCAGCGGUGGUUACCACAGCAACCAACCCUGCUACCAGCAGGAGCCCCAUGAAUUAUCCCGCCUGGAGACCUACCGACAACACCCGCAUCAUCCCCACCCCCAGCACCCGCACCCAGGCCCCAGUCCACAUCCAGGCCCAGGCCCGGGGCACAGCAGAACAGGCUAUGAGGCUCAUUCACUGGCGAACCCCACGAGCAUGCCUCCAGCUGGAGGACCGGGAACUGGAGGAGGACCCAAGGACUGUUACAGCCAGCAAGCUUACCCUGGUUACCCAGGCAACGGUGGAGGGAACGGGAGUGGAAAUGGAGGCUCUGCUCCCUCACAGGCAAAGAAAGCUUACAGAGGAAGCAAAGUGGCCCCACCAAACCCCAGUCAGCACCUCCAGGGUCCAGGGGGCUACAGUAACCACAUGGGCCCUGGGAGUUACUCAGCCCAGUAUUUAAGCGAGGGCCACCUCCAGCAGAAAUGGGAGGACUCGGCCCAGAUAGCACAGUAUGACCAGGAGAUGGUGGGGCGUAUAGAGGCUGGUGGGACCCCUGCAACUGGCACCUCCCAGUACAUGGAGCAGAACAUGCUGGGUCACACCCAGACCCAGUGCCACCAGCCCACCACCCCUGCCUAUACCAGCCCCCACCAUCACCCCCCCCCUAACCCUGCCCCCUCCCCUCUCAUGUACCCCCAGAGUCACCUUCACUACCCCCAGCACUCACCCUCUCCUUCGCCAUAUAUGGAAAAGUGCAGCCCUAUGCCCCACUGCUAUAAAGGCUACAACAUUCCCCCAAAUUCACAGUAUGGCAGACAAAUGAGCAGCCACAGCAAUCUGAAGCAGGGGAGUUACAGGCCGACCCCGAACAGUUAUGGCUACCAGCAGCCUCCCUCCAGAGGUUAUGAGCAGCAGCCCCCUUUACAGGCCAUGGCCAACCCCCAGGAGCCCCACCCUAAAUACCAACACUACAGCCAACCCCAACAAAACUACUGUCUCUCAGAGCUGUCUGUCAGAUCACCAGAACAGUAUUAUCAGACUUGUAGCCCCUCCUCAAGCCAUUCCCCAGCACGCUCUGUAGGACGCUCCCCCUCGUAUAGCUCCACCCCUUCACCACUAAUGACCAAUCCAGAGUCAUUCCAGUAUGGCCAACCUCCCAUGACCCCUGGAGCAGCCUCCUCCUCUUCAUCCUCUUCAGCUGGCAUGCAGGAGCAAGCAAGUACCAAUACCAUGUUGAUGCCCCCACGCUCACACCCCUCACCCAAUGUGCCCCAUGCAGCCCCCCACAGCUACACCGCCACGCCGCAGGUCCCCACCAUGAAAGAACGCUUCUCAGAGAAGCUGUUGUCAAACCCCAGUUUGUGGAGCCUGAACGCCCUCACCUCUCAGGUAGAGAACAUCUCUAAUAAUGUCCAGCAGUUGCUGCUUUCAGAGGCCCUGGUGGCCAACAAGAAAAGCGGUAAGCGCAGCAGUGGAGGGAGCAACAGCAGUGCUGGAAGUGGAGCAUCCAUCAAAAAGGGUGAGGAGUACAAAAGUCCUACAUAUCCAGAUGGUGGUGGUGGUGGUAGUGUUGGUGGAGGCCCCAUGCAGGACCCUUACGCUACCCCACAGCACCAGCCAAUGCCCAUGGACCUCCAUGAGGGAGGCUACUCCAGCAGUAGUGAUGAACAACUGGAGAGGGGUUACUACUACUGUGGCCAGGGCAGAAGUCCAGCACAGGCUCCCAAUAACACACAACUCAGCCUGGACACAGCCUCCUCAUGCUCCAUGACAUCUCCUGAUGAUAUGUCCACCAGGUCUGGAGACUCAGGUCUGCACAACCUUACCCCUGAUCCUAGUAGAUGUCAGUCAGGGCAGAGAGGGGAUGGCAUGAAUACGCCAGUGAAGAGCAUUGGCGAUGAGAGGUCUCCUACAAGCAUUACAAUCCCCAGUCCUAUGAAACAAGAAAGGGACUCCCCUUCAGAUAUACAGCAUAUCAACGAGCCUGUCAAAGAGAACUUUGAAGAAUCAGCCUGGACAGAAAAAUCAGCUGACAAAGAGGAGGUGUCAAUAGAUAAAACUCUUGACAGCGAAAGAGAUUCAGACACAACUAAAUCUACAGAGAAUCUGGAGAAAUGGUCAGAUGAAGAGAAAUGUCCAGCUCUCUACGGCAAAGUAAACAAAGGAAUGACAGACAAAAGCUAUUGCUACAAGGACACAGUGUACCAAACGGUCCAGAGCAAAUAUGACCCUGAUACAAGAGACUCAGUUGAACAGUCCCCAGCAGCUCUCUCUGACUCCAGCCACAAGGAACACUUUGGCCAUGAGAUAAAAUCAGAGGCGUUCAAAUCUGAGUCUCCAACUGCCUCUGAGAGCUCAGUGAAAACAUUGCCUUUCAUUUCUCGGGGUGACCUUGAACAGGAUCAAUAUUCCACAGAGAAGGAGGACAGCUCAGAGAACACCUCUCCAACCCCCCAAAUUGAGGCCUUGGAUGAGAGCAACUCAGACAAGAGAGAGAGCAGAGAUGAAGAGGAUGAAGAGGAGGGGGAAGAGGAUGAGGGUACACAGGAUGAGGCAGAUGAAGAGGAAGAAGGAGAAAUACAGGAACAACAACAUUCUCUUUCCUCUCCUCUGUCUGUAGAGGUUAGGGAGGAACUGGAGGAGGGAGAGAGAGUGUCAUCGACUGAGGAUCACAUGAAUAACAGAGAUGGGCAAGAGAAGCCUCCUGGGGAUCUCCGCAGCAGGACAGAGAGUACAGAACUCCAUAUUGACAACGAGCCUGCAGGGGCGCCUGCCCAUCCGAAUGCAGCAGCAGCAACAGCAGCAGCAGAUGCUUCUGCAAGGGAGUCAGCCAUUGGUGACACCGCUCCUCAGCCUCAGUCUGCUAUGCCAGUCUUCUCAGCUCUCAAUGACAAGACAACACCUCCAGCUCAGGCCAGGGAUCAUAUUGAUCACAGUGCUGAUAAAGUGCUGGAGCCAGACUCUCCUCAGCUGCCAGGGAAGUCGAUACUUCCCUCAGCCCCCUCCUGGGCAGACACUCCUCCCUCACCCAAAAAAGGUGAUGAAGACAUGGAGCCAGGCAUCAGCUGCUCCAGUGCUGUGACCCCUUUGGCAAAGCCAGAACCUGUGGCCCCAUCUGCUCAGCCGAGGGCAUUUGGACGUAAGCAUGCAAGGGGCAGAAGAAGAAUCAUGCAUUCCGGUGUGGGGAUCAGGCGACAGCUAGGCUUGGAGAGGGAGGGGGAAAAGGAGGAGGAAGGAGCCCCCUCGCCUUCACAGAAACCCUGCAUACCUCCAAGCAAAACCGUGUUGUUCUCGGAUCAAAUGGACCUAGCUCAUCAGGAAUCUAUUGUGAGCCAGACUCCCAAAAUGCUUACUGAUGCUUUUCGUUCGAGAAUGUGCACCCGCUCAUUCAAUGCACCAGACUUGCCACCCAAAGUCGAGCCUCAUGUGAAGAGAAAACCAGGCCCAAAACCAGGUCCAAAGCCUGGGCUCAAACUAGGGCCAAAACCUGGACCAAAACCAGGACCAAAAACGGGAGCAAAGUCAGGUCCAAAACCAGGGCCUAAACCUGGUCUUAAGACUGGACCAAAGCCCGGGCCAAAACCUGGAUCUAAAUCAGGACCAAAACCAGGACUAAAACCAGUGCUAAAUGAACCAGAGCUCCCCCAGAAAGUUGAAACACCUGUGAAACGAAAACCAGGACCUAAACCAGGUUCAAAAACUGGGUCAAAACCUGGGCCAAAACCUGGUCCAAAGCCAGCUCUAAAGGCAGGUCCAAAACCAGGACCUAAGCCUGGACCCAAGCCCGCAGAUGUUUUGCCCCCUGAUGACACGGCACCCAUCAGGGCCUCAGUGGGUCGCCCUAAAGGCUCAGUUUCUAAGGCAAAGCUGGUACAACAAGAGGAACCCAUUCAACCUCUGACAGGACUGCAAAGCAGGGCCAGGAAGAGCCCAAAAGCUUCACUAUCACAAGUAACCCAGGAUGUUAAACCAGUGAACCAGGACGAAAAACAAGUGAACCAUGAGGUUAAGGUGCCAGAGAAGGAGGGUAAGAACAUGGUCUUAAGAUCCAGAAAGCCCUCGCAAGAAAAACUGUCAAAAGAAAAAGUCACAGGGGAAGAUAUUCUUCCCCAGACGCUAACAGAAAUUAAAGCUACCGAUGAUUUUCCAAAAGUAGAGGAACCUAUUACUGAGGAAAAAACUCCAACUUCCAUUUCUAAUGCAGUCAAAAACACAGAUGAUCCAGCAGACCCACCUGAACCACUUGCCACACCAGUCUUAAUGGAACAAUCUGAAGAAAAGACAUUACUUUCAUUAAAACGGAAACUUGGCCCAGAACUUUCUACAGCACCAGUAAAGAAAAAGAGGGGUCCAAAGCCCAAACCAAAACCCUUACCACCUCAACCACCUUUGCUGGAACAGGUUGUCUCUACACCUAAAGACAAGGCUGUCAGAGGCCCCAGAAGAAAGCGAGGCCCACCUAAGAAAGUCUCUGUGGUUAGUCCGGCACCCAAAGACACUCAUCCAAACAUCACUGAGAUGGACAUCGCUAGUGAUGUGCCUGUGGUGCCUCCUCAAUGUCCCACUAAAACAAAAGUUCUCCCACCACGCAAAGGCAGAGGACAGAAAUACGAGGCCAUGGUGCAGAAAAUUGCAUCCCCAAGCUCAAAGAAACACCUCCCAAUUCCUCAGAUGGACAGCAGUCUAACUGAUGAUGUGACAUCCAGGGCUUUGCCUCAACUUGUCCUGAAGGAAGGUGAAACAUCUAUGCUCAUAAAUAACAUUGAGGUGAUAGAGGGAGAAGUGAAAAGCAUAGAUUCUAGACAAGAAGUACUGAAACACGAAGGAACAGUGAGAAAAAAGGAGAUGGCACAAGAAAAAGAAACGUGUGAGGUGAGUCAAAAGACAUCAACGGCACAGGAGGUGAGACAAGGGAUGGAAGAAGAGAUCAUGAAUAAGGAGGAGAAAAGAGAAAAACACAUUAACCCAGGGAAACAGCAGGAUGUCAGUGCUGACAAGGCUUGGAGCUCAAUAGAGGCCCCAGUUAAAGUCGGGUCUCCAGGAGAGUGGAUACAACAGGCCUCAGAAGGUGUAUCAUCUGCUCCCACUAAGUCCUCCAGAACUAAAAGGAAGAGAUGGGCCAUGGUGGAGAGCACAGAUGCCUCAGUAGUAGCCUUGGAAGCAGGGAGCCUAAUAGUUACAACACCAAGGCUAGCCAAGCAGAGGGCGAUUAAAAACAACCAUGAGAUGCAUCUGAAACAGAGGAGAAAGAAAAGAAAGGGCCAAGCCCCUGUAGACGAAGAGACUGUUGAGGAUAAAAAUAUUGAAACAGUAGAACAGCAACAGGAGAAGGUAGAAGAGACGAUAACCCCCACAGAGUCCACAAUAACUCUGCCAAUCAGCGCAGAUGAGAUCACAGAAGCCCCCCAGGUAACCAGCACAGAACUCAUUCAGAAACCUAGGAGAGGCAGAAAACCAUCCGCAAAUCCAACUCAGAGGAAACGAGGCAAAGCCUCAUCAGAGCAGGUUCCUGGCAAACCAAUGAAGGUCCACAAAAAGCCUGGGCCAAAACCUGGGAUGAAAGACGCCAUGGAGGUUAUUGAGGCAGUAGUAAGGGCUGCAGGAUGUGAAGGGGCCGAAAAAGAGGAAAGAGAAAAAGACGAAAUGGAAAGAAGGGAAAGAGAAAAGGAGGAAAAAGCAGAAACAUGUACCGUUGGUCCCGUAGUAACGUUAUCAGAAAAACAGACUGAGAUCCUUUCUGUGAAAAGAAUCAGACGCAGACCAGUCCAUCAAAAUUCUAAACUGUCUUUCUGUCCUUACGUGCGGAUUAACAACUCCAGAGACUUCUCUUCUUGGUGUGCCAUAGUCAACAAGCCUGAGGACGCAGUGGUAUUUCAGAGACGUAGAAAAAAGGGCAUACUCAGAAUGAGGAAUCCUUUCACCGUUGCAAAAGUAGUGCCACACACUGCUGCCAUGCUUCAAGGACCCUUGGUGAAAAGAGACCUCAUUGACAGGUGUCUUACAUGCUGCCUGUGUGGAAAGCCAGCAAAUUACAGAGACCUAGGUGAUUUGUGCGGACCCUACUACACAGAGGAUGGCGUUCCACGGAAAAUGUUGACGAUCGGGCACACUGAGUCCGUCAGGGAGGAGUCACAGAAAACUAAUGACAACAACAGUGGCAGCAGUGAAGAACCAAGCAACUCCUCAAAAGACGAGGGCGAGGGCAGCACAGAAAAGGUGGCCAAUGCAGAGGCUUCCACUCAAGAGGGCAGUAGUAGCAGGCACCAUUGGCACUACCGGCGGGCAGAAAGAACAGAGAGGAUGGGUCAGGAGGGUGGUCCAAGAAGAUUAACUCUCCGAGAGAGGUUCAGGAGGAUGAAGCAGCUCCAGGCCAUCAGCACAGGGGCCUCGAGUGACCAGGAGGGUGGUGACAGCAUGUUCAGAAGGCUACAAGUGGAGGCAGAGGCUAAAGAGCACUGGGCCCAUGAAAACUGUGCCAUCUGGACCAAGGGGGUAAUUAUGAUAGCUGGGAGGCUAUAUGGACUGAGGGAGGCUGCCAACAACUCAGCCAAAACGAGCUGCUACAAGUGCCAGAUUGUGGGGGCGUCCCUCAGCUGCUGUUGGAGAGGCUGCUCUCAUAAAUACCACUAUGUCUGCGCCAAAGAGAUAGGCUGCACAUUCCACGAGGAUGAUUUCUCCAUAAAAUGUCCUAAACAUGAGUCUCUUUUCUCUUUUUCUACAGGACCUGUAAGAUAUUCCUUCACCACCUCCACCACCAACACCACCACCUCUCAGCCAAGCAAGCAUCACCUAUCCGGCAAGGCAAACAAAGAUGCUGUCCUAACAGCCACCUACACCCAGAAGACACGGCGAUGAGUGAUGACGGACAGAGUCGUCGGCCAGUGGGGGUUGGGGGAGGAUAGAAGGCUGCGAUGAGGUGGAGCUGCAAACCCUGGAGGACGGCUCUGCAGAGAAGAGCUGCUCCAUGAACUCGGCCUGGAAAUGCGUUUCCCAGACUGAGCCCCUUACUGGAAGGCAGCAGGCAGCAGGCAGCGGCUCUGUUUAACAGGAGGAUAGACUGCGCUUUAGAGACUGUGUGCCUAGAGCCCAGUGCACAGGGGCGCUGUUUGAA